AUGCGACUUUUAAAUAAGAAGUUCUUGCAGAGGUAUUUUGGUAUCUACUCCGAUGUCAUGAAGUCUCCUUACUAUAUCGACGUGCUCAAGCUGUAUAAAACGGUAAGGAUGAUGAUGAUUUGUGAAGUUUUAUGUUGUUUUCGUUAAGCUUUUUUAAAAACUAAUUUUUAGCUGUUGAUGGUUUAAAAUUUUAGGUAUUAGUAGAAGUUCGGUAAGAUAUUUAAAAAUAUAGGGUAGGAUUGUGAUUUUUAAGUCUGAACAAGACAGUGUUAAUAUCUCCAUUUGCAGCUUCGUUUUAUGGGCCGAGACUACCCAAAAGGAGCCGAUUACUUCAACGAUAAGCUACGCAUUGCUUUCAAAAAGCAGAAGGAAGUUGAAGAUCCAAAACAAAUCAAAGAACUGAUUAGCAGAGGCAACUAUGUUAUCAAAGAACUGGAAACUUUGUAUUUUUUGAAACGCUACAGAACACUGAAAGGACGCUACUAUGAAGAGGAACCGCCACCUCCAAAAGCGGCUACAGGACGAUAA